AUGGGGGAGACUUUCCACGGCUUUGCCCAGAUGGAAGCCAGUGAGGUGCCUCAAAAACCAUCAUGCUUUGCUGCGUAUAAAAAUAACCAGAUUCUGUCUGGAAAGCCAUACGGAGGGCAGGAGGGGACGGUGGCUCACCGUGGGUUGGGUAGUUCCCCGGCCAGGAGAUCCCAGGUGUCCUCCACUCUGUUGCCCAACAAUGGGGCCGGCGCCGCCCCAGAUGACUCCUUCCUGGACAGCCCUGCUCUCCCCCUAAUGACCAACAAAAGCCAUGUAAUUCCCCUCCUGCUGACACCACCACCUUGGGAUGACCUCCAGCUGAGCGAGCUUCAGCAGUCUGGGGUAGGGAGGCACCAUGCCCCUGGGGAGCAAAGCGGACAGCUGCUGACUGGAACAGGAUCCCACCAUCGUGCCACCACAUCCCUCCGUCAGUCCCUCCAGCUCCCACUUCUGCCUGGCACGGGGCCUGGAGAUGUCUCUGUGCCCUGUUCAUUUGGUCUGAUGGAGGAGCAAGCUGUCCUCAUCCACGUGAUGUUUCAACCUGUGAGCAAAUCAAGGCUGGAGCCGGAGAGCAAAAUGCUGGAGAAGAUUCAGAAGGUGCUCACGAUUCGUAGCGGCACCAUCAGGGAGCUGCUGGCAGAAGCGCUGGGGAUGUUCAUCCUCAUGGUCUUUGGCUUGUCUUCUGUGGCACAAGUGGUAUUAGGAAGAGGAGACUUUGGGCAGCAACUGAGCAUCAAUUUGGGAUUUGGCAUUGGUGUUACCUUGGGCAUCCAUGCGGCCGGAGGAAUCUCUGGAGCUCAUCUGAAUGCUGCUAUCACCCUCACACACUGCAUUUUAGGAAACCUGCCCUGGAGAAAGCUCCCAGCUUACCUGAUCGGCCAGUUCCUGGGCUCCUUUAUGGCAGCAGCCACUGUCUUUGGCCUCUACUAUGAUGCUCUGUAUGACUACACCAAGGGGAACUUUACAGUGACGGGGCCAACUGCCACGGCAUCGAUCUUCUCCACUUACCCUGCUCCCUAUGUAUCCUUGGUGGGGGGCUUCUUCACAGAGUUUACGGCAACGGUGAUGCUGCUCCUGGGCAUUCUGAUCAUCCAUGACGAGAAAAACAACGGAGCCCUGAAGGGCACGCAGGCCCUGCUCACGGGUAUCCUGGUCCUGGGCAUUGGCCUGGGCAUGGGGAUGAACACAGGCUACGCCAUAAACCCGUCUCGGGACCUGCCCCCCAGGGUCUUCACAGCAAUUGCCGGCUGGGGAAUGGACGUCUUCACGGCUGGACAUCACUGGUGGUGGGUCCCACUCACAGCUCCGAUUCUGGGAAGUCUUGCCGGUGUUUUAAUCCACAAACUCUUCAUUGAUUUUCACAACCAACCUGUCCCGGAAAGUGGAAAGGAGAAAGGACAGCCAGUGGUGGAGACUUCUACGCUGUGA